CGCAUGCGCAAUUCUACUGACUGAAUGAAGGGGACCAUUUCCUUUUGCAAGGCCUGUUCGAUUUGGGCAAACAGAGAGCGGCCGUGCCUUCGUUUGGAUUGUUUUGUUUAUUUUUACGCUAUUUAAACUGGACAGCCACAUGAACGGACAUCGUUCGCUCUGAGUGACGUUUGUGAGCGUGAAGGCACACAUAGCUACAGUACAGCCCGGUUGAUGGAAUAACGACGGAUCCAGACCGGAGAGUGGACUCAGUACAACAUUUACACAUCUUUUUACCCUCUUCAGUCCACCAGACAACGCCAAGGGUUGGACGUAAAGCAGGCAACCCCAGUGGGAACUAGACGAGCGGCUGAGGAGAGGGCCCCCGGAGGAUUGUGGGAAGACGCCGGGAGAACCGCCGGAGAGGCUUCGGCUCGCGCAGGCACCUGUGUCCAGAAGCUGUGCUCUGCCUGUGCUCGUCCCCCUCCUCAGUUCUGAUGGUACCAGCUCACCUGUGACUCCUGCCUGAGGACCCCUGCUGCCCCAUCGCCUCCACAAUGUCGGAGAUCCAGACAACAUGGCCGCCGGGCGCGGAGUGCGUGGCCAAGUACAACUUUCAGGGCACCACAGAGCAGGACCUGCCCUUCUGCAAAGGAGAUGUCUUAACCAUCAUUGGAGUCACCAAGGACCCCAACUGGUACAAAGCCAAAAACACGGUGGGGAGAGAGGGCACCAUCCCCGCCAACUACGUCCAGAAGAGGGAAGGAGUGAAGUCCGGGGGCAAGCUCAGCCUCAUGCCCUGGUUCCAUGGGAAGAUCACUCGGGAGCAGGCGGAGCGGCUGCUGAUCCCCCCGGAGGUGGGGCUGUUCCUGGUGCGCGAGAGCACCAACUACCCCGGGGACUACACCCUCUGCGUCAGCUGCGAGGGCAAGGUGGAGCACUACCGCAUCAUCUACCACGACGGCAAGCUCACCAUCGACGAGGAGGAGUUCUUUGAGAACCUCAUGCAGCUCGUGGAGCAUUACACCAAAGACGCCGACGGCCUCUGUACCAAACUCAUCAAGCCAAAAUUGAUGGAAGGAACGGUCGCUGCCCAGGACGAGUUCUCGAGGAGUGGCUGGGCCCUUAACCGAAAGGAACUCAAGCUCCUCCAGGCCAUUGGGAAAGGGGAAUUUGGAGACGUGAUGGUGGGAGACUACCGCGGGACCAAGGUGGCGGUCAAGUGCAUCAAACACGACGCCACGGCGCAGGCCUUCAUCGCCGAGGCCUCCGUGAUGACGCAACUGAGACACAACAACCUGGUGCAGCUGCUGGGUGUGAUCGUGGAGGAGAGGGGCAGCCUGUACAUAGUCACUGAGUACAUGGCCAAGGGCAGUCUGGUGGACUACCUGCGCUCGCGAGGGCGAACCGUUCUGAACGUAGACUGCCUGCUCAAAUUUUCAGUUGAUGUAUGUGAGGCCAUGGAGUACCUGGAGGCCAAUAACUUUGUGCACAGAGACCUGGCGGCGCGGAACGUUCUGGUGUCGGAGGACAACAUCGCCAAGGUCAGCGACUUCGGCCUGACGAAGGAGGCGUCCUCCACGCAGGACAUGGCCAAGCUGCCCGUCAAGUGGACCUCCCCCGAGGCCCUGCGGGAGAAGAAGUUCUCGACCAAAUCAGACGUGUGGAGCUACGGCAUCCUGCUGUGGGAGAUCUACUCCUUCGGGCGCGUCCCGUACCCCAGAAUACCCCUGAAGGACGUGGUCCCCCGGGUGGAGAAGGGCUAUAGGAUGGAGUCGCCGGACGGCUGCCCGCAGGUGGUGUACGACGUCAUGAAGCAGUGCUGGACCCUGGACCCGCUGGUGCGGCCCUCCUUCCACAAGCUGAGGGAGCAGCUGCAGAAUAUCAGAACCAAGGAGCUCUACCUGUGAGGACCACACCCCCGAGCCCUGCAGCCAGCUCUGCGGGGACCUGUCUCAGACACGGAGAGAAGCCUGCCCUCCCCCCCCCCCCCCCUUGUCCUCCCCUCUCCCACUUUGACAAUCUCUCUCUCUCUGACCAUCUCUCACUAUCUCUGUCCAUCUCUCACUCGCUCUCUGUCCAUCUUCACCUGAUGCCCUCUUUCCAUCACUUUCUCUGUCCAUCUCUCUCUCUGUCCAUCUUUCCCUGUUUCUCUCUCCAUCUCUCUGUCUCUCUCUCUCUGUCUCUCUCUGUGUGUCCAUGUCUCUGUUUCCCUCUCUCCGGGCGUGGCAAGGAUGGGGGCGAGGCUGGCCUUUUCGUCCAUUUCUUGUCACUUGAACAAACCCCCCCCCCACCCCCCCAGACGGUGCAUUCCAGGUCAGCCCGGGUCCCUGUGUCGUGCAGCAUGCUCUCCCCGGAGGGCCUUCGCUCUGAGCCAAAGUGCCUCCCCAACACGGAGCCUCCGGCCCCUCCCUCCCUCCCUCCCUCCCUUACUCCCUCCCUCCCACGGACUACGCCUUUUUUUUUUUUUUUUACUUUAAUCCUUUUUUUAAAUCGACUUUUUUAUCGUUAAUUCGUUCGUUCGCUUUCCGCCCCUCGCGCCGAAGAGCGAGGCUUCCCCCCCCCCCCGCACACGUCGGAAAACGCGCGGACGCGCAAGAGAGAGACGGCGCCGGAGAGGCGGGACGGGAGAAACGCGCGGCCGAUUUCUCCAUCGGCCAAUCGCCGCAGGGGUACGCGCGUCCGGCACGGGGGGGUCAGGUCGAGGUGGCGGCGGUUCCCAAAUAAAAAGGGUACAUUUCUCAGUAUGUGGCUUGUUUUGUAUUGGGACAAAAAAAAAAAUAUUUAAAGGACAAAAAAAAAAAAAAAUUUCCAAAGGAUUGCUGAGGCGGCAAAGCAAAGAGAACUGGAACCUGCGAGCUCGCUGAAGCUAAGAGGGGGGGCUGUGCAUGCUGUGUGAGAGGCCUUGAUUUUACUGUCCGUGCUAUUAAUGUUCAUUUUAUUAUGCUUCCAUGAUUAUGAAUAAAUCAUUCCAUCUGACCAGUUUGGAGAGGAAAAAAAAAAAAAAAAAGAAAGUACAAAGAAGUGUGGAAGCGUGUGCUUUUGUGUGUGGUGUUUGAUUGACGGCGCUUUGCCCCCACCCGGAGCUGGUCACGCGAGUCUUCGAUCGACAGCGGGUGCGGGUCACAUGACGAGAUCUACCAAUCCGGGUUCUGUGGAAUGUCCUUUUUUUGAUUUAGUGAGCUGGUCCAGGGUCAGUGAGGUGCCAUUUUAUCUCAUUGAUGAGAGGGCAGAGGGCUGGUCCUGAAUCAGUGAGUUCCUUUGUGUCCUCACUCAGAGAACAGAUCACGAGGAGGAAUUGGUGACCCCCCCUGGUGAGGUGAAGGUGCCGUGUGUAAGCGGCUGACCCAGGAUCAGCUGAGGAGGAGACCAAUCAUCUGCUUACUCCAGCGGUAACCAACCCUGUCCUGUAGGUUUUCACCCCAACCCUAACAAAGCACACCUCAUUCAACAGCUAGAGAUCUCAUUGAGCUGCUAAUUAGUAAAAUCAGCUCUGUCGAAUUAGGGUUGAAAUGAAAACCUACAGGAUGGUAGAUCUCCAGGAUCAGAGUUGGUUACCACUGGCUUACUCUGUUUGAUUCAGGAGAAAAGGAGAGAGAGCAAAUGCCCUGGAAGCUAUGAAACCACUCUGAGCGUCCUCAUCAUAAUGAAGGGACACGCACGCACACACACACACACACACACACAGACACACUCACACUGGCAGUAACAACCGUGCAUGUGCGUGCACAGACGCUCAAAUAUGCCCCGUGCACAUUCGUACUCAUGUCAGGUUCUGAGAAAGCCAGCCCUCGAUUAGUCAGUCUGUCAGCGAGAUCUGUCACACUAUCUGCAGGGGCUUCAGUUUGUGAUGUAACUCGUCAGACCAAAUCAACAGGUAAUCUUCCUUGCCUUUCUCUCAGCCCUGCUGGAUUUAUGAAAAAAAAAGUUCUGGAUUGGCUUGACAGUUUCAUAGCUAUCCCUGUACAGUUGAAUCUGAAUAAAUUGUCGCACCGAAACAGUCUAUGUCAAUGCAAAAGGUUGUGUAUCCAUGUCAUUAUGAAUGAUUAGUCUUCUGUCCUCCACCAGUGCUGUUCCUCUCCAGUACUCUAUUACCUGACACUUGUUUGCCUGCACGAGUAUGGUGAAAAACCUGGUCCACUGAUGCCAUUGAUUGUUUUUCAUUUUGUUUGUAAAAGAAUAUUUGCGUGACUUGGUCUCUUCCACCAUCUUGAAGCUUGCUCUCCUUUCAUUUCCUCCAUUGCUUGACAUGUUUCCCACCAGGGCCGGUCAUGCACUGCAUGUUAUUCAUAUGAAUCUUAACGUCUCGGCCUGAGCCAGGACAAUAGUACAGUUAUGUAACAUGGACAAUGCAUGGCUAGGGGCUUGCUUCUGUCAAAGGUACUCAGUGUAACAAUGUGUGUUAUCAACAUGCUUUGCCAGUGUUCAUGCAUGUUCAGCAUGUCAGUGCAGUUUUGGAUCUCACAAAUUUUACAUGGAAGCAUUUUGAAUCCCAAGCAUCUGGGUUUAAUUUUCCUCUGCUUUAGACAAGACAGAAUAAAUUUUACCUUUAUCCAGAGCUUGAAGUAACCCCUUAUUCUGUAGCUUCCUCAUGAUACUACUUUUCUUUGUAGUUUGUAUGUUUGGCCAGCUGGUGGCAGUGUGCUGCAUCCUGAUGAUAUCACCCAGAGGCUGAAGUGGCUGUCCUGUUUCGGCGUGUUGUAAAUGCCCUUUGCAAUUCAACUUGCUGCUCUAACCGGCUGCUUAGUUGCCCUCUGUGUGUUCGCUCAUGUGACCUCCGCCCUCCAGGGAUUCUGACUGGUGGUCUCCGGGAUGAUGUCACCUCCCCUGGGAAGGUGACUCCUGGGGAUCUCUCAAGGGCAGCUCUGUCUUUCACAGUGGAAUCUAAUAAUCCUUACUGCCACACUCGGGGGAAUGCGCCCUUUGAUUUCAUAGUCUGGUGAUUGUGAUGUCAACAAUUGACUUUUUUUUUGUAAUGUUAAGCUCACCAGAAUAUAUUUUAUUCAGUUUUAAUAUAUUCCGUAUAUUCCAUCCAGCUGUUCUAUAUAUAACUAUCUUUGUGCAAGCCCUGGAUUUAAUGAAUGCAUGUGCCUCCAGUGAGAGUCGACUGAAACAAGCUUAAGAUAGACUGA